AUGUCAAUAUUUACAAAUUUCUGUGUGGAAUUGGCGGUGAUAAAAACGGAAACUAUUUAGACUUAUGUUAUACACAGUUCUUCUUUAUUACAGGUUCGUAAGAUAGAAAAAAAUGGGAGACGUGAAAUGUUAUCUUCGUAAGAUGGACUUUCCAAGUGUGGUCCCAGAAGCAUUAAGACAUAUCCAAAAACUCUGGCUUCCGAAUUGUUCAUCCCAACAACUUGGCUUGAUGAAAGAACUUUCGGAAGAAUUUGUUUUUUUCGAAGUCGACAAAUGGGGUAACACUCGUAACCAAAAACUACCUCCUAUUAAGGAGCUGCAAAUUGUUGAAAGAAUCGCCUGGUAUUUUAGACAACCAGAAAAUGACCAAAAAAUGGCUACUUUUCAAUUUCUUUUCCCGUUCGGCUCAAAGAUGCUAGAUAACAGAUUGCCAGUCUUGGGCAAAUUAUUGUCACUUGCUAUAGCAACAGAAAAUGGAAAUGUUUUGAGUUAUAUUGGUACUUGGAUGCAACUCUGCACUUGCGUUUCUGAUUAUUCGGCCUUUAUAGCCAAAGCUGUAGUCCGGGAACACAUAAAACCAUCAUCUUCUAACGAAAGAAUAAAAAAUUUACCAACUAUAUCUCCAAUCUUUUGUUCGAGCUUAAUAUCUGCUAUCACAAAUAUGUAUUUCACAAGUUGCCCUCCAGACCAUAUUAUUUGUAUGGUAUUGGAAUGGAUCAAUUCAGCUCCAAAUUUAUGUUUCUCGCCAUUUAAAUUAAGUAUACCAAGUUCGUUCAAUUUUCCAGGACCUCAAACUCCAAUACCUGGUUUAAUGUUUUGGUGUAUAUUGUCCCCAUUGUAUAAAGAAGUGUCAGAAAGUUCUAAGAUCAGCGAUGGUGAUGAUAAAAUUUUUUCAUCAUUAUUAUUAGCUCUCUUAAAGUGUAUGACCAAAGCCAUGCCAUCUCAGGAUCCAUCGUGGUGUGAAGCUGUCUCAGUAACUAGCAUUAUUGUUAUAGCAGAGACCUUGAAGAAAAUGAGUUACGUCUCAAAAGAUCGUCUUGAUACAUCUCUUGAUAGAUUUGCCAUGUGUGUUGAAGUUGCUUUGACUACUAACUGUUUGCAUGUUCAACCUGAAAAAAUUGGGAAAUUGUUUGCCCAUUGUUUGCAAUUGCCAUAUAAUAGGCCUUUGAAAAUUGUGCUUCAAAAAUGGGCCAAUACAAAACAUUUAUGUUAAAAUUUAAUUUUUCUCUUCGUGUAGCACUAUAAAAUGUUGAAAAAAUGAACAAAAUGUUCUCCUUAAUUAUUUAUGGGGAAAUUACUGAUUUAUUUAUAAAAAAAUAUAAAACUAAAUAAAAUUUUUAAAAUUUGUUAUUGAAGAAAUAAAAUGAUGCUAAGAUGCACUAUUUAUAUUAAAAUAUAUUUUAAGAAAUAAAGAAACUAAAAAAAAAACUAUUCAUUUCAAGUUCAGGGUAAAAGUUUACAAUUGGGUAGUCCUUGAUUUUUUUUAUGCCAAGAUUGGUUAUUUUCGGUCGGUAACCCAACAGUAACGCCAGUGGAAACAAAACAUUAUGGAAACCAGAAGUAGUGCUUCAUCACUGAAAUUUAUUGCCAACUGAAGGGGCACCCAAAUCUACACUAGAACCAAGUGCAGUUAUAGCUGUUAAAUAUCACAGAUCUUCGUAGUUAUAUAUUAUGAACAAUACUUAUGCAUUAUUAUUCAUCAUGUUGAUUAUAUGUUUAAAUUAUUUAUUGAUAAUAUUUGCAUUAAAAAAUUAAAUUAGCAUGAAACCUUUUG